AUGGUGUCAGUGAUGGUGUCAGUGAUGGUGUCAGUGAUGGUGUCAGUGAUGGUGUCAGUGAUGGUGUCAGUGAUGGUGUCAGUGAUGGUGUCAGUGAUGGUGUCAGUGGUGGUGUCAGUGAUGGUGUCAGUGAUGGUGUCAGUGAUGGUGUCAGUGAUGGUGUCAGUGAUGGUGUCAGUGAUGGUGUCAGUGAUGGUGUCAGUGAUGGUGUCAGUGAUGGUGUCAGUGAUGGUGUCAGUGUGUGAUGGUGGUGUGUCAGUGAUGGUGUCAGUGAUGGUGUCAGUGAUGGUGUCAGUGAUGGUGUCAGUGAUGGUGUCAGUGAUGGUGUCAGUGAUGGUGUCAGUGAUGGUGUCAGUGAUGGUGUCAGUGAUGGUGUCAGUGAUGGUGUCAGUGGUGGUGUCAGUGAUGGUGUCAGUGAUGGUGUCAGUGUGUGAUGGUGGUGUCAGUGAUGGUGUCAGUGAUGUCGUGUCAGUGAUGGUGUCAGUGAUGGUGUCAGUGAUGGUGUCAGUGGUGAGUGGUGUCAGUGAUGGUGUCAGUGUGGUGUCAGUGAUGGUGUCAGUGAUGGUGUCAGUGAUGGUGUCAGUGAUGGUGUCAGUGAUGGUGUCAGUGAUGGUGUCAGUGUGGUGUCAGUGGGUGUCAGUGUGGUGUCAGUGGUGGUGCAGUGAUGGUGUCAGUGUGGUGUUGUGUGUGGUGUCAGUGAUGGUGUCAGUGAUGGUGUCAGUGAUGGUGUCAGUGAUGGUGUCAGUGUGGUGUCAGUGUGGUGGUGUGGUGUCAGUGAUGGUGUCAGUGAUGGUGUCAGUGAUGGUGUCAGUGAUGGUGUCAGUGAUGGUGUCAGUGAUGGUGUCAGUGAUGGUGUCAGUGAUGGUGUCAGUGAUGGUGUCAGUGUGUGAUGGUGUCAGUGAUGGUGUCAGUGAUGGUGUCAGUGAUGGUGUCAGUAUGGUGUCAGUGGUGUCAGUGAUGGUGUCAGUGAUGGUGUCAGUGUGGUUGAUGGUGUCAGUGAUGGUGUCAGUGGUGGUGUCAGUGAUGGUGUCAGUGAUGGUGUCAGUGAUGGUGUCAGUGAUGGUUGAUGUGUCAGUGGUGGUGUCAGUGAUGGUGUCAGUGAUGGUGUCAGUGGUGGUGUCAGUGGUGGUGUCAGUGAUGGUGUCAGUGAUGGUGUCAGUGGUGGUGUCAGUGGUGGUGUCAGUGAUGGUGUCAGUGAUGGUGUCAGUGAUGUGUGUGUGGUUGGUGGCGUCAGUGAUGGUGUCAGUGGUGGUGUCAGUGAUGGUGUCAGUGAUGGUGUCAGUGGUGGUGUCAGUGAUGGUGUCAGUGAUGGUGUCAGUGAUGGUGUCAGUGAUGGUGUCAGUGAUGGUGUCAGUGAUGGUGUCAGUGGUGGUGUCAGUGGUGGUGUCAGUGGUGGUGUCAGUGGUGGUGUCAGUGAUGGUGUCAGUGGUGGUGUCAGUGAUGGUGUCAGUGAUGGUGUCAGUGAUGGUGUCAGUGAUGGUGUCAGUGAUGGUGUCAGUGAUGGUGUCAGUGAUGGUGUCAGUGGUGGUGUCAGUGGUGGUGUCAGUGAUGGUGUCAGUGGUGGUGUCAGUGAUGGUGUCAGUGAUGGUGUCAGUGAUGGUGUCAGUGGUGGUGUCAGUGGUGGUGUCAGUGAUGGUGUCAGUGGUGGUGUCAGUGAUGGUGUCAGUGAUGGUGUCAGUGAUGGUGUCAGUGGUGGUGUCAGUGGUGGUGUCAGUGGUGGUGUCAGUGAUGGUGUCAGUGGUGGUGUCAGUGAUGGUGUCAGUGAUGGUGUCAGUGAUGGUGUCAGUGAUGGUGUCAGUGAUGGUGUCAGUGAUGGUGUCAGUGAUGGUGUCAGUGGUGGUGUCAGUGGUGGUGUCAGUGAUGGUGUCAGUGGUGGUGUCAGUGAUGGUGUCAGUGAUGGUGUCAGUGAUGGUGUCAGUGAUCGUGUCAGUGAUGGUGUCAGUGGUGGUGUCAGUGGUGGUGUCAGUGGUGGUGUCAGUGGUGGUGUCAGUGAUGGUGUCAGUGAUGGUGUCAGUGAUGGUGUCAGUGGUGGUGUCAGUGGUGGUGUCAGUGGUGGUGUCAGUGAUGGUGUCAGUGAUGGUGUCAGUGGUGGUGUCAGUGGUGGUGUCAGUGAUGGUGUCAGUGAUGGUGUCAGUGGUGUGUCAGUGGUGGUGUCAGUGGUGGUGUCAGUGUGGUUGGUGGUGUCAGUGGUGGUGUCAGUGGUGGUGUCAGUGGUGGUGUCAGUGUGGUGUCAGUGAUGAGUGUGUGUCAGUGGUGGUGUCAGUGAUGGUGUCAGUGGUGGUGUCAGUGAUGGUGUCAGUGAUGGUGUCAGUGGUGGUGUCAGUGAUGGUGUCAGUGGUGGGUCGUGUCAGUGUGGUGUCAGUGAUGGUGUCAGUGGUGGUGUCAGCGGUGGUGUCAGUGAUGGUGUCAGUGAUGGUGUCAUCAGUGGUGGUGUCAGUGGUGGUGUCAGUGGUGGUGUCAGUGGUGGUGUCAGUGAUGGUGUCAGUGGUGGUGUCAGUGGUGGUGUCAGUGAUGGUGUCAGUGAUGGUGUCAGUGGUGGUGUCAGUGGUGGUGUCAGUGGUGGUGUCAGUGAUGGUGUCAGUGGUGGUGUCAGCGGUGGUGUCAGUGAUGGUGUCAGUGAUGGUGUCAGUGAUGGCGGUGGGACCUUGA